UUCAACGGGGAAGUGAAGCAGCUUCUCGGAGCAGGUGUCAGCAGCCGAAACCCGGAGAGGAAGAAAGGAACUUUAUUCUUACUUUUCUAUCGUUCCCCCUCUAACCCUCCCUUUCCCCCAUCGGCUCCAGCGCGCACUCAGCAGGCCUAUGUGGUUUAAUGUGUGUGUUUAAUGUUCUUUAAAAUGGUUUCAAAACUGACAUCCUUGCAGCAGGAGCUCCUCAACGCCCUGCUGCAGUCAGGAUUUACCAAAGAUGUUCUGAUCCAGGCCAUAGACGACCUGGACCCCAGCCCGCCGAGCUUUGGAGUAAAACUGGAGAACCUACCCAUGUCUCCCGCAGCGCCUCAGAGCGGCAAGAUGAACGGAGCGGACGCAGACACGAAGCCCGUUUUCCUCACGCUCACCAACGGCCACAGCAAGGGCACGUCUGGCGACGAGGGCUCCGAGGACGGGGAGGACUACGAUACCCCGCCGAUCCUAAAGGAACUCCAGUCGCUCAACACCGAGGAGGCCGCGGAGCAGAGGGCGGAGGUGGAGCGCAUGUUGGCAGAGGAUCCGUGGCGUGCUGCCCGCAUGAUCAAAGGUUACAUGCAGCAGCACAACAUCCCCCAACGGGAGGUGGUGGACAUCACAGGGCUGAACCAGUCUCACCUUUCCCAGCACCUCAACAAAGGCACGCCCAUGAAAACACAGAAGCGAGCGGCCCGUUACACCUGUAUGGUCAGGAACAAGCGGGAAAUUCUCAGACGUAAGUUAUAUUUGACUCAUGGUUCUGGCGCAGUAUUGACAGACAAAGGCAAUCCGGAUCAGGUUUAUUAUUUCCCAGAGUUCAGCUCGUCUUCAGGCAUGGGUCAGCCCGGUGACGAGAUGGGCAGUGAACCCUCCUGUAAGAAAAUGAGACACCGUUCAAAUGGGGGCCCCGCGUCCCAGCAAAUCCUGUACCAGGCCUACGAACGGCAGAAGAAUCGCAAGGAGGAGCGAGAGGCUUUGGUGAGGAGUGUAACAGAGCUGAGGUGUCUUCAGAGAGGUGUCUCCCCCUCCAAAGCUCAGGGCCUUGGCUCUAAUCUGGUCACCGAAGUGCGAGUCACAAACUGGUUUGCCAACCGGCGUAAAGAGGAAGCGUUCAGGCAGAGUUGGCCAUGGACGCAUCGCUCCAACCCACGCAUCAACUCUCUGCUUGCUCAUGCUCACCACAUCAUCCCCAGGCCAGCGCUCACCUCCAGUAAGAUGUCAGGUGUGAGAUACGGCCAAGGUCCCAGUGAGGUCACCUCCUCCUCGGCCAUCAGUCACCACAGUAGCAACCCAAUGGCGACCAGCCAGUCAGUGCUCCAGCAAGUGUCACCGGGAGGGCUGGACCACAGCCACAGUCUGCUGUCACCCGACGCCAAGAUGAUUUCAGGUUCAGGUGGAGGACUUCCUCCAGUCAGCACGCUCACAAACAUCCACAGUUCCCAUCACAGUCAUCAGCAGACGCAGAACCUUAUCAUGCCUCUGUCUGGAGUCAUGGCCAUAGCACAGAGUUUAAACACAUCGCAGUCUCAGACGGUGCCGGUGAUCAACAGCGUGGCGGGCAGCCUUGCAGCGCUGCAGCCGGUGCAGUUUUCCCAGCAGCUCCACAGCCCUCACCAGCAGAGCCUGAUGCAGCAGAGCCCGAGCCACAUGAGCCAGCAGCCGUUUUCACACUCGCACAUGUAUCCUCACAAGCAAGAACCCCCACAAUAUUCCCACCCGUCACGUUUCUCCUCAGCCAUGGUUGUCACAGACACCAACAGCACUCUCAGCUCCAUAUCCUCAAGCAAGACGGACGCUCCUGUAAACAAGAUGGUGCAACUUGGGGGUCUCUCCUGGUGUCCUCUUCAAGCUUGGUGAGAGCGUCCACCUGACUUCCUCGGUGCCCGGCAACCAGAGCACAUUUUUCCACCCUCUCAUCGCGGUGACCAUGACAACUCCUAAUAACCCACAACAGCGUGCCGGACGAUGAAUCAGUCAACAAAUGCAGAGGAGUGACGACGGUGGGCACGACGGUGGAAAUGAGAAAUGGGGACAACGGGGAAAAAAAAACCAAACUCACCUGCACCUGAAAGGGAGGAGCCUGGAUUCCCCUCUGUGGCACAAAAAUGAUCAACAAGGAUGUAUGAUUUUAAUAGAAUCUUUUGAAAACAGUGUUCAGUUUUCCAUGCUCCCUCUCUUUUUAAAAAAAUUUUUUUUUAAUGUGCAGUCAUCCUCUGUUGUGACAUUACCAAGGAACAAAAACCGAGCACCAAAAACUGCUCACGGACCUGACUGAAGGCUCUGUGACGACUUUAACUGUGAUUUAAGGUGGAAAUGCAAAGUCAUGCUGACACUAAAAGACAGAGACACUGAUCUGCUUCUGUGCAGGCCGACGCAGGACUGGGCUGAGAGCCUGGCACGUGAGCAGACUACGUGACAAUCACAGCAACCUUUAUCGAUCUUGCAUUUGACAUUCUAACUGGGCUUUAAAAGAGUCUUCCAUGUUAUUCUUUCACACCCAGAUUACUGUACUAGCAGUAGUGUAAAUGCCUGUUUGUCAUUCCCAGUUGUUCGGUGUGUAUACUGUGAUUGAAAAGACUUUUUGACAAUCUUGAAAGGACUAUGCAAUGCGUCUGUAGGUGUAUGCAAUGUGUAGUAUAACUGGGUCCCGCACGAAGCUCCACACACUUGUGCAUUAUCAGUGAAAUCACCAACAGCUGUCGUUAAAGCUGCCUGUAAAUAAAAGGAAAGCAGACCGGUGUAAGAGCGACAAAUAUGCCAAAGGGUAGGAGCUUUGAUUGCAGCUGUGUGUCUCAUAAGCUACCCGGCCAUAUCUGUAAACCAGGUCUUGCCUCAGUUGUCGAGAUGAGGACUGAGUCACCCACUCUAAAUGUGGCCCUUCCCCUUCAGGAAACCUCUGGCUGUUGUUUGCACAUAGAUUCAGGUGAAUUUCAGGAAUGGGACCCACCCUCCCUUUAUCUCUCCCACUUCUUUCUUCAAUCCUUCUUCAAUCGUAGGACAAAUAUCGUUAAUAACUCCUCAUCAUAAAUCGUGACACAGGACCACCCCGACACCCCCCUCCCCUCCUUGAGUAGAAUGACAGUAAUGCGAAGUAUUCAGAAACAAAACAAACAUGAAAGUUGGACAAUGUUGUGACAGCAGCGGCUCCAGUCAUGCAGGAAAGGCUGAGAAAUGUCAGGGACGGGAGCAGCUGCUGCGGGUACAGACGCCCACGCUAACAGUAUUAAAGGUGCGCUCAGACGGAUACUGAAGCGGGGUUUACACAAAAUUGAGGGUUUUUUUUUUUUCUGUCACCCUCCCUCCAUUAUCCUCCUUUCCCCCUACCUUUGAGUCACCUCUUUCUCUUAGUUUCGCAUUCUGUCUGAACCCACAGUCACGGGCUCAUCAGUACCAACCAUGACUUUUCUCCUCACUAUGAGAACCCAUGAGCCAAAAAGGCAUCACUGUAAUCACAGUAAGACGUGUGGCAGAUCUAGUCUCCUGUUCAAUAUUAGGUCAUAAUAUUAUUAUUAUGUCAAUGCUUUGUGACUGUUAUAGGCAUAUUUACUGCCAUCUGAUCAGAAGGCACUCAUACAUGUGUGACAGGACAUGAUUUUCUUUUCCUCCUAAUGUAUUAUUUUUGUAUAAAAUUGAAAUCAAUCAUAAAUCAUUAUUUAUACUUUGUGAGAAAAUAUUGGUAUUUCAAGUAA